UUUCUGUUAUUAGAUAUGGAAAAGAAUAUCGUCGGCGUAUAUCUUGGAAUAACGAUGACGAUGGAGCUUGGAUAGUAUUUGAAGAUGAAUUACCACUAUAUCUCCCAGAAAUGAUCUCUGCACUGGCUCCAUUAUGUCAAAAAGUGGAUCAUAUUACCAUUGGCUUUGACCACGAUCUAGAUAUUCGUACACAUGGAUCACAACCUGUCAUUCCAAUGAGAUCUGUCAUCGCCGUUUGCCUUUACCCAUUUUUGGCACAACUCCAUGACUCAUUACAGACCAUCAGUAGGUGUUUUCCAAAUGCAAGGGGUCUUGUGCUGGAUUAUGAAUUCGCAAUAGAAAUUGGUUUCACUUCUAGAAACUUUUCCGGCAUUCUGCUGUCUUCAUUGAGAAGAUUGGAAUUACGAAUCGUACGUAACUUUAACACUCUUGACAACCUCAUUUUCUCGCUUUCUUAUUCCUGUCAAAACAUUGAAUCCCUCACCGUCACAAGCGAUACAACUCUCAAAUGGGAUAAGUCAAGCAGAGCCAAUAGAAGAUGUAAAUUGCAUCAUCUGACUGAUAUCCAUCUUCAAUCUCAUCGGCCUGGAGAGCACUAUACACUUCAAUUGUUAGCAGACUUACUAAAUGAAUGUCGUGUGAUGGGUUCUAGUUUGAAAUUCGUCAAAGUAGAACGUGUACAGCUAGGAGAUGUAGUAUUGAAGAGUGUUGAAUGGUCCCGAACAUCUUCAGAUUGUGGGUUGCAAAUUAAAGGUGCAUCAGCGGCUGUACCCAUAACUGACUUAAUUGGUCUUACAACUAGUGACCUUAAAGCGGUUACCGUCUUUACAUUUGUCAGUUGCAAGAUUGAUUUCGGUCAGUCUGACAGUAAGUCCCUGCAAAGCCCGAAGGAGCUUGGUACACUGCGGGAAAUCAGGUUCGUUGGUUCAGAAAAUCCACUUUCCGAAUCUGACAGGAACAAGCUUUCGGAGUUGUAUCCUAAUGUCAAAGUGACUGAAAAACAGGAGAGUCAGGAAUCAUCUGAAGAAUCUCAGGAGGGUGCAGGGAUACCUUCCAAGCUGGACAAAGCCUCCUCUCAAUCACUCAAGACAUCUGCCAUAGAUAAACUUUCUGAGGUAAAGGUUGAAUUUCAUGAAGACGCAAGCUCACAGAACCCUGAAGGUGGAGAAGAAGAAACAUCAUGGCAAGAAAAAGAAGAGGAAUUUGACGUCAACAAAGGAAGCCUGUCAAAUGAAUCAGUACCCGAUGAAGGAGAUGUCGAACCAACCAAGAAAGAGUGCUACAAGAGAGUUGGAGCUGAUGGGGGCAAACUUCAGCUAGAAUCCUUUGGAAUUGAACUUGAGAUACCUCCUGGUGCAAUCAAAAGCAAAGAGCCACAGGAAAUCUGUCUACGUGUCCUGACCGAUACUCCUAAUCUUGGUGACUCCAAAGACGAGAUGUCAAUCUGCUUUGGUGUACAAUGCUUAGCUCCUGAUGACUUAAUUCUGAGGUCACCGGUGACUUACACAUUACCUCAUUGCGCUGUUGCAGCACUUUACUCCAGUUUACAGGCAGUCCUAUACUCAGGAGAGGGGAAAUACUCGCCACAUGCAGUUAUUAAAGAACGGAAAGUACUGUCACAAUCAGGAAUCCCCAGCUGCAAAAUCAGGAAGGACGUACUCGAACUCAAGAUGGAUCAUUUUUCGUGGGCGAAGAUUAAGAUCAUGAUCAAGAACCUCUUCUUUCGCGGAAAAAGGAUGUGCUUCGUGCCGUUUAAAGAGAAGAACUUGACCUUGACAAAGACACCUCUUAUCUUACAUGCCAACUUUUAUGAUGAUGUACAAGGGAACAAGGAGACGGUUAAGAGCGAUCAAGAGGAACUAGGAUACAAACCGGCUUAUGAUGAACAACAUGUGCUUAUUAAGAAGGCAGAAGUUGAUCUUAAGGUGACAUAUUGUGUGGACGGCAACGAAGAACGAAGUGCGGUAAGGCCUAUUUGUCUCGCCCACCGAGGCGAGACUUGGGGAUCCAAAUGUCGUCCGUCGUCCGUCCGUCACAAAAAUCCCGACUGUUUGCUGUGCAACGCAUACGGACUUUACGACGUAUAUUGAUUUUGGAAGAGAUCUUUGGGCCCCUCGUAAAACACUGUCCUGCAAUUAAAGUUGUGUGACAUUAUAUUAUUUUUUUUUCGUUUCGCAUCUGGAACGGUAACAUUCAAUUUGCGUUUCGUGUGCAG